AUGGUUGAAGGAGGAAUUACACGUGCGGAUAAGACCGAGUUCACCGAAUGCUGGAGAACAUCAUGGCAGACACCUUAUAUCAUGAGGCUCGCCUUGUCAGCAGGCAUCGGUGGCCUGCUUUUCGGAUACGACACAGGUGUUAUUUCCGGUGCCCUUUUGUACAUAAAAGAGGAUUUCGAGUCUGUUGAUAAGAAAACAUGGCUACAGGUCAAUGGCACGUGGCGUUGGAUGCUUGGAAUUGCUGGUCUUCCGGCCUUAGGCAAAGAGGACGAGGCAAGGUCCAUCCUCGAGAAAAUCUACCCAGCCGAGGAAGUCGAGGUCGAGGUCCAGUCCCUGCAUGACUCGGUGGAGCAAGAAAAGCGCGAAGGGGCAAACGAGACGGGUUUCUUCAGCCAAAUCGGGAGCGCGUGGAAGAACGACGUGGUGAGACGUGCCCUUUACGCGGGCAUCACAGUCCAGGUGGCACAACAAUUCGUGGGCAUCAACACAGUUAUGUACUACAGCCCAACCAUCAUGCAGUUUGCCGGUUUUGCAUCCAACAAGACAGCCAUGGCUCUCUCUCUUGUAACCUCCGGCCUUAACGCCCUCGGGACAGUUGUCAGCAUGUGCUUUGUCGACAGGUAUGGAAGGAGACGGCUCAUGAUAAUCUCCAUGAUUGGGAUAAUUUCCUGCUUAGUCGUGCUCUCUGCUGUAUUCUAUCGCUCGUCUGUGACGGCCCCAGGGAUUAGUCCUACUGAGACUGUGUCUUUUGGCGGAAACUCGACUUGCCAGGCGUACACGAAUGCCCCUGAUGCCUCAUCUUGGGGCUGCAUGAGGUGCCUGCAGGAGACCAAUUGCGGUUACUGCUCGGCCUCGGGAAACAUUUACCAACCGGGAGCAUGCCUAGCACUCGACAAUGUAGUGAGAGGGACAUGUCGGGCAGAAAAAAGAACAUGGUACACGGAAGGCUGCCCGAGCAGAAUCGGGUUUCUGGCAGUGGUUUUCCUUGGUUUGUAUAUCAUUAUGUAUGCUCCUGGCAUGGGGACUGCCCCAUGGAUAGUCAACUCCGAGAUAUAUCCACUAAAGUACAGAGGACUCGGUGGAGGGAUUGCAGCUGUGUCUAACUGGAGUUCGAAUCUGAUAGUCAGUGAGACAUUCUUGACACUCACUGAACACCUGGGCUCUUCCGGAACAUUCCUCUUGUUCGCAGGCUUCUCAUUCGUCGGGCUCGUUGCCAUUUUCUUCCUUGUGCCAGAAACCAAAGGGCUGCAGUUUUCGGAAGUGGAGAAGAUGUUGGAGAAAGGUUACUCUCCUUUCAAGAAGAGUGAGAAAGAAUCCAAAAAUGAUCUGUUUCAAUUUGAUGGAAACCAAUGCCAAAAGCCACAUGAGCAGACAUCUAGCAACACGAUACAAAUUAACAUGGAGGCAAGUUAA